CUUUUACAAACAUUCCCAGAAACCAUGGAGUCUGUUUACAAGAGGUUUGACUCUUAUGACUUCGACUCAGAUACGAAAUUUCAGGAAGGACUGAAGCUUUUUCACCGGAACAACAAGAACAGCAGCGGCGGAGGAGAAGACAAACUGAAGGACAUGAUGCUCUUCUUCUAUGACAGGUUCGUCGAGCCCAUUGACCAAUCAGGCUACAGACAGUGGAGCUCCACGUCUCCACCUGUGACACUGAAGAACUCCAGGACGGAGCCUCAGGACGAGGAGACGUCCGUGGCCUCAGACUGUGACGGCAGUAAAGGACGUGCAGAUGUGACAUCUGUGGGAGCAGAGGUGACGCAGCUUUCUUUUGCUGAGGUGAUGCAGUGUAUUCAAGAGGGCAGGGAAAUUCCUGGAGUCAAAAAACUGGACAUUACACCCAGCAACCAAAAUCCAACUCCUUCACAGAUGGAGCGAAUACACAAACCCUGGGAAAGAGAUUUAUCUCCCAAGUAGGAGUUUUGGAAUUUAGUUUUUUUUUUAACUUAAAUUAUUUUUUUUGUUUUGUAAAACAUGGUUUUCAGGAUAAUUCAACUUUUUAAAAAAGUUUGUUGUUGGUGUACAGCUCCGUGAGCUCCUCACAUCACAGCAUGUUUGUACAGAAAUCUAAUAGUACACAAAUGAAAAAAUAUGUAAUUAAUUACUACUUUAAAAUUAGUUAUUCUAAUAACUACAUUUUUAAUUAAAUAGUAAUAUUUUCCAGCUUAAAUGAAGUACUGCAGUACUAGGAAAAUUGUUUGUUGCCCAAUUUGCACACAACCACAGCAGGCAUCAGUUGUUUAAUUUUAAAUAAACUUCCAAUACAAAAAAAACGUUCGACAAACUUUAUUGUCCACUGAUGACACUCAAUGUAUCUUCAACAAACUGGCAAACAAUUUCAGGAACAUUAAUGCCACCUACUGGGC